UGUCACUGAUGGUUUCCUCAUAAUAAUGAGUUAUACACUUUGAGGAAAAUCCUAAUGGAAAAUGGAUUUCCACCACGUUUUAUAGAUAAGAAUAUACAUUCAAAGCCUACAAAACGUGACUUAUCAAUCGCUCCCAAGAAAAUACUUUACAUGAGCUUAGAAUUCGAAGGGGACUUAGCUUCCGAUAUCAUGAAACGAAGGAUAUCAGAGUCCCUGAAAAGAACAUUCCCUGUUGCCUCUCUGAGAAUAGCUUUUACUAACCGAUUAUUAUUGUUCAAUAACCUGAAGGACAAGAUCCCAAUGUUGACCAACUCUAUGUGCGUUUAUCAAUUCACCUGCUCUUGUGGAGCUAGGUAUAUCGGUCGUUCGACUCGAGUUUUGUCCAAGAGGGUGCAAGAACAUCCUGCAUGGCUACGAAAAGGUGGAAGUGGAGCAAUAAGAAGCGCGAUCAUAGAACAUCUAGUCGAUAAUGAUCACCCUAUCUCUAUAGCCUCCGCCUUUAAAGUCAUCUACAAGGCGAAGAGCAAUCUACCCAAAUCCCUACGUACCCGACUCAUCUGUAUCGCUGAAGCUUUGGUUAUUGAAACAGAAAAGUCACAUCUCUGUGUACAGAAAAAGUUCGUUCAACCCCUCCAACUUUCAUGGUCUUAAUCCCUCUAUGCUAAAAUAUGAUAAUCCCCAAUCAUAUUUUAGCUCUACCAAUUUUUUAUUUUUCAUUUUGUCUUUUCAAUUUGUAUACUCUUCCUUAUUAAGUCAAUUGUUAUUAUUACUAUUCUCACUUUGAACUGUCCCCGG